AUGAAUGAUGAUAUGUUUCUAACUGAAUGGUUAGAUCAUAAUUUAAAUGUUGUCGGUUUUAAAAGUAUUUGUCUAAUCAACGUUGGUGAAAAUAUCAGUGAAAAUAUCACUAAAAAAUAUAGAAAUAAAAUUGUUAUUAUUAAUUAUAAUACAACAGAUAAACACCAACAUUUUGAUUUAUGUUUGACAUGUUUCACUACAAUUCGAGAUUAUGAUUUGUUAAUGAUACAAGAUACUGAUGAAUUUCUAAACAUAAGAAAUUCAACGUAUAUACGAGAUAAUUAUAACAAAUAUGAUCAAUUUCAUUUUAAUGAUCUAAGAUUUGGUUAUAUGCUCGAGAAAACCACUGAUUUAUUUAAAAAAAGUCUAUUAGAAACAAAUACUUAUCGACGACCACAUAGAGGGCUAGGUGAAUAUGAUGGUGAUGAUAUUCAACAACUUUUUAACUGUUCCGUAGUUGGUGGUUGGACAUCAUGUGGUAAUGGUAACGGUAAACAAAUGAUUAAGUAUGGUCUUAUUCAAGAAUUAACACCACACUGGCAUAAAAGUAAAAAUAAGAAAAGUCAAGUAUUAUUCGUGGAUAUGAAACAAGUUCGUUUACAACAUUAUUUUGUUCGAACAAAAGAACAUGGUCUAUUCAAAGCACAACGGGAAGUUCGAAUAUUAACAUUAGUUGAAGGUGAAACAUUUGUGAAUGGUUUAUAUCGUGUAUCCAAUUCAUGGAUUUUACGAUUAGUCUUAUCAAGUAGUUUAUCUGCAACGAAUGUUCGCCUAUUCACAAAUUCACCACGAGAAUCUCAUUUACCAUUUGUUCGUGAACAAUAUCGUGAAUUAGAAUGGCUUUAUCCAUCAGAAUGCAAAUAUGAUAGUUCAAGUCGUUAUGCUUCUAUUGAAUGUGUUAAAUCAGGAUCAUUUCAUUAUUACUUUACAGUAGAUGGGAGUGAUGAUCAAAAAAACUUGUCGGGUAGUGGUUAUUUCAUUGUUGAACCGAAAUUAACAUUUCCAGAUGGUAUUGGUGAUGUCUUACCCAUUGAUUGUAUCGAAUGCCAAUCUGUUUUAUCCAAAUCAUUAGGUCCGUUUGAAGAAUGGGAAUCACGUUUAUUGAUAAGUAAAUAUUCUGGAUAUAAUAUGGUUCAUUUUACACCAAUUCAAAAAUUGUAUCAUAUAUCAAAUUCAUCAUACGCCAUUACCAAUCAUCAUAUAUUAAAUCCACUAUUUGGUGAAAAUACGACACACGAUGAUAUUAAAAAAUUGGUAGAUAAAAUGGCUAAAGAAUGGCGAAUAUUUUCGAUAACAGAUCUUGUGUAUAAUCAUGCAGCUAAUGAUUGUGAAUUGCUCAAAGAACAUCCAGAAGCUGCUUAUAAUUUGGUCAAUUCACCACAUUUAAAACCACCGUUUUUAUUAGAUGCUAUAUUGAUGCAAUUUACAAAAGAUUGUCAAGAUGGUGUACUAGAACCAAAAGGUAUACCAUCCGCAAUUAAAGAUAAACAUUUACCAGUGAUUCGGCGUUAUUUCUUGAAUGAUUUAUUACCUAAAUAUAAAUUGCACGAAUAUUAUACAAUAAAUGUUGAAGAAACUCUUAAAGAGUUUCGAGAAUUACUUUCAACAUUAGAAUGUCCACUUGUACCUUAUAGUGAAGAAGAUCAUCUAAUACAAAUUAAACAUGGAAAGUAUGAACGAUUGAAAUCAACAGUGGAUUUAGACUUGGCUUCUCAAAUUUAUUAUUAUAAACGUUCUGGUCCAUCAUCGCAUGACGAUAUCGAACAAGCAUGUGAAGCACUCUCUGAUCGUCUCAUCUAUUUAAAUCAUAUAGUUAACGAUAAAAUUCAAGAACAUUUAGUUCGAGCUGUAGAUAAUACACUGGGUGCAUGUCGAUAUCAUUUUUUUGCCCACGAUGGGCCAAAUUUUGAACGUAUCACAUUGCAAACACCAUUUGUUGGCAAUUAUUUUGCAUAUCCAAAUGGUGAAUUUAAGCAUCCAGAUGAAAUUGAACAAUUAAUUGAAACAGAUAUUACAUAUCAGUCGUAUUGUAUGGCACACAAUGGAUGGGUAAUGAAUGAUGAUCCAUUGAGAAAUUUUGCCGAAGAAGGUCAAGAUGUUUAUUUACGACGAGAUUUAUUACAAUGGUCAGAUAUUAUUAAAUUAAGAUUUGGACAAAAAUAUGAAGAUUCACCAGCAUUGUGGGAUUAUAUGAAAGAAUAUACAAGAUUAGUAGCAACAACAUUUCAUGGCGCAAGAUUAGAUAAUUGUCAUUCAACACCGUUGGUUGUAGCACAGACAUUGAUGGAUUAUGCUCGUGAAUUGAACCCAGAAUUUUAUAUAUUAGCUGAAUUGUUCACUGGUAGUGAUCAAACUGAUACAGUAUUUGUGAACAAAUUGGCUAUCAAUUCACUUGUCAGAGGCCGUUUAACAGCUCGUUUUGGUGGUGAUGCAAUUGGUUCAUUUUUUCAACCAUCUUGUCGUCCAAUAUUGCCACUAAUGACACAUUCAUUCUAUUACGAUCAAACUCACGAUAAUCCUUGCCCCAUUGAGCGUCGUAGUGUUCAAGAUGUAUUACCUCGUGCUGCGUGUGUAGCAAUGGCAUGUUGCGCCAAUGGAUCAAAUAGAGGCUACGAUGAACUUGUACCUCAUCAUAUUGAUGUUGUUCAUGAGCGUCGUUUUUAUCCAAAAGCAGGUAAUGGUGAACGGGAAUCAAAUGAAUCAACUAAUUUAAUACCGGCGAAAUUAAUAUUCAAUAAAUUACAUCAUGAAUUAUGUAGUAAAGGAUAUGAUCAGAUGGCUGUUGAUCAACUGUCGACCGCGGCACUGGUUAUAACUCGUUAUAACUUGCAUAAUCAUCAAUCAAUUAUUCUUAUUGCCCAUACAGCAUUUUCGGAACCAAAAGAUACUUGGGAACAAAUAAAACCAUUGUAUAUUAACGGUCAUAUCGAUGAAGUUUUGUAUGAAAUGACUAUAUCUAUUUCGAAUGGUGCUGCUGCUGUCAAGAAUUUUGUACGUGACAAAACCUAUAUCAAUAAUUUACAACAAGUGACAGUGCAGAUUCGUGAACAUUUACCCGUUGAUCAAAGUCAAUGCGUCAAUUUACGUUCAUCGAAUCGACGAGAAGACAAUAAUGAUCGCCAUAUCACAUUCGAUAAACAUUUUCCACCAGGUACUAUUAUCUGUUUUAAAGUAUCAUUACUUCAACAAGUACAAAAUUCCAUUAUUGAAAUACGAAAAAAUCUAAACGAAUUCACGGAUGAAAGUGGUGCAAGUGAAUUUCAACAAAUUAUUAAUAAGUUAACAUUACUCGAUUUAAAUCGUGUACUCUAUCGUAAUUCAAACGAAGAACAAGCAGAUGGAUUGGGCAUUGAUGUUUAUGAAAUACCGGGAUAUGGUAAAUUAGUCUAUUGUGGUUUACAGGGUUUUAUGUCUGUAUUAGAAAAAAUUCGUUUGACAAAUGAAUUGAAACAUCCUCUAUGUCAGCAUUUGAAAGAUGGUUUUUGGUGCUUAGAUUAUAUUUCAUCACGUCUUAUCAAACAUCGUGGUACACAAGCAAUUGGGCAAUGGUACGAAAAAUGUUUUCGACAACUAAAACGUUUACCAAAACAUUUACUACCCGCUUAUUUUGAUUUAAUUAUCACCGGAUCAUAUACUGUUUUAAUUGAACAUGCAUGGAGAUUAAUGGGGCCAUUUGUACAAAAAGGUUCAACAUUUGUGAGAGCUCUCUCAAUGGCUAGCGUCAUAUUAUGUGGAUUAGUCAAAGAUGCACAACUACCAGCAUUAUCACCAAAUUUAAAAGAACCAAAACCAAUUGAAUUAACCGAUGAUCGUACUGGUUUGAAAUACCCAUUGUGUCCAACAUUGGGUGCCGGUUUACCUCACUUUGCAGCCGCUGUUUGGCGAAAUUGGGGCCGAGAUACUUUUAUUGCAUUAAGAGGACUCAUGUUAAUAACAGGAAGAUUUGACGAAGCAAGAUAUUUGAUACUUGGCUAUGGUCAAUGUUUACGUCAUGGUCUUAUACCUAAUUUAUUAGGUGAUGGUCGCAUAGCACGUUAUAAUGCUAGAGAUGCUGUUUGGUGGUGGUUGUAUUCAAUUGGAGAAUAUAUUCAUAUGGCACCUCAUGGUCAUGAAAUUUUAGAAGAUAAAGUUAGCCGUUUGUAUCCUACCCAUGAUUCACAACCACAACCACCUGGUUUGUAUGAUCAACAUUUAUAUGAAGUUAUCCAAGAAGCUUUGACGAGACAUGCACAAUCGUUGACAUAUCGUGAACGUGGAGCAGGCUACAACUUAGAUAUGGAUAUGUCAGAUGAAGGCUUUAAUAAUCGAAUUGGUGUCGAUUUUGAAACUGGUUUUGUUUACGGUGGAAAUUCACACAAUUGUGGAACGUGGAUGGAUAAAAUGGGAUCGAGUGCUAAAGCCGGUAACAAAGGCAAACCUGGUUCUCCUCGUGAUGGUUCAGCUGUCGAAUUAGUUGGUUUGUGUCGUGCUACACUCAAAUGGCUCAUUAAAGCAAACAAAGAAGGUUAUUAUCCAUAUGACAAUAUUAAAAUUUCCACAUCCAACAUUCAUUCGGCUAUCGUUUCAUCAACAGCCAAUGAAAUUCAAUUUCAAGAAUGGAUGAAUAAAAUCGAUUCGAAUUUUGAAAAAUAUUUUUGGAUCGAUGAACUCGAUCAAACAAGUCAUUUUAUUUAUCGUCGACAAAUUUAUAAAGAUACGAUCAAUUCAACGUUACAAUGGAGUGAUUAUCAAUUGAGACCAAAUUGGUUGGUAACAUGCGUUGUGGCACCAGAAAUGUUUAACGUUGAACAUAUUUGGCCAGCAUUGAAACAAGUCGAGCAUAUUCUACUCGGAAAAUAUGGAAUCAAAACGUUAGAUCCAAAUGAUUCAAAUUACGUUGGUGAUUAUGUGAACGACGAUGAUUCAUCGGAUCCUAAACGUGCACGUGGUUACAAUUAUCAUAAUGGACCAGAAUGGUUAUGGUUAAUGGGUUAUUAUUGUCGGGCAAAAUUGCUCUGGUCAUCUGUGUUAGAAAAAGAUUCAAAAAUGAAGGGUAUAUUGAAACAAACAAUUAAACAUGUUCAAGAUAUUUUAACUGCACAUCAACAACUCAUUUUCUCGACAGAUUGGAAAGGUUUACCCGAAUUGACAAAUGCAAAUGGACAACAUUGUCCAUAUUCAUGUGAAAUUCAAGCAUGGAGUAUGUCAACAUUAUUGGAAACAAUGUACGAUUUAGAUAAUCUGCAUUUAUAA